CAACUGUCUACCGGUGAGGCGUUCAUGCCUUUCGCGCCCGCGCCCGCUCUACCCUCCGCCUUGCGCUUGCGCCAGGGCCAGACAGCCAAUCACGAACAGAUAGAGAAGAAAGAAAGCAGCGCGGAGAUAUUUACUGCAGCCAAAUAUAACCUUAUUUCCGAGUCUGACAACUUAUUGCUUUGUGCAACUUUAUAGUGUGUUGCUGACGUAUUAAAAGCUGUUGAAUAAUGGAUCUGAAGUGUGACAUUUGCUUCCUCAAUUUUGACCUGGACGCCCACCGUCCCAAAAACUUGCCCUGUGGACACACAAUUUGCAAGGAAUGUGUUGAGAAUCCUUCCUUGGGGAGGAAGUGCCCAACUUGCAGGAAGGCAUUUAAGAUACGACGACUUGAGGACCUCCCCGACAGCUUCCUAACGAUCCGGCUGUUGGAAGACGAGGACGCCCCACCGUGCAAGAAGCUUAAGAUCGAGGACCCAGAGCUGCAGCAGCUGCAGCGGGGCGCGGUCGCGGGGCGGAAGGUGGUGGAGAUGCUGCGGCUGGUGGUGCCUCUAGCGGUCGAGGCGCUGAACCGCCAGCUGGAGUCGUCGGUCGCCCAGCUCGGCCAGGUGGAGCAGGCCCUGGAGAGGCGGGUGCAGCGGGAGGCGGCCGGCGAUGUGGGCACCACGUCGGACGCCGUGGAGGAGCCGCUGCAGCUGGCCGAGCAGCUGGAGGCCAGCCACCGCCUGCUCACCUCCACCAAGUGCACCGUCACCGCCGAAGAGGAGGGUGGCUCGUCCUGGACGGCCUCUGUGCAGCCCGGCGGGUGCGGCGACAUCCUGCGCGUCCUGCUGCUGCAGCUGCGGGCGGACGGCCAGCUGGGAAAGGUCGACGACGCCAUCGCCGUUUCUGACGGCCCUGCUGUGGCUUACGUGGGCUCGCCUCUGAUCUCCGUCCUCACGAUAAGUGAUAAACAACUCGUCAAUGGUCGUUUGAAGGUGGAGGAUAUUCUUCGUGACGCCCAGAAGCAAUGGACCAUUCCUCGUAGCUUGAAGAACUUAAAGGGUGACGGCUCUGAGGACCUGCUGCGCGUCAUAGGUGCGCACCUCGUGGAGCUGGAGACCUCGGGUGAGGUUCAGCCCAGCGUCAUGGAGGAGGUGCAGAAGAUGUCGGGACUCAGAAGGCUGCAAGUUAAAUGCGCUAUGGACACAGCCUACCCGGACCUGCCUUUACAGCUGGAAGAGCUCAGCGUAACGGUUAUGACUGAGAAUCAGUUGCGUUGCGUGGAACGGAUGCCCAGGCUUCGUAGCUUGAAGGCAUAUGAUUACUUCGGUCCAAAUCUGACUUUCCCUCCCUCGCAGCAUGGCCGGCUGUUGUGGCUCAGCGUUGGCUUCCAUACAGAAAAGAAGCCUACGAUGCUGUCUCUGAUUCGCGCCCAUGCCUCAUCAUUGCAGGAGCUACAUGUUUACUGCACCUUCUCUGCCAGUCGCCGUCAGUUUUACUUCCCCGACCUGGGCCAAGAGCUGGCGGCCUGCGGCUUGCAGUCACUGCGGCGGCUCGUACUAUGUUUCACAGGGCUCGCUAGACCGUGCAUAGAACAUGGUCAGGUAGCUGGAUGCUUGCUGCAGCGACGGUCCAUUCGAGGCUUUUUUCCUCAACACGUUGACGUAAUGUGCGGGUCGUGUCACAUGUCUUCCACAGCAAUUCUAGAUUAACGGCUGCAAUUUGUUCGCAAUCCUGCCAUCCUUUUCCUAUCGCUAUGACCUAUGCUAACGAGGCAGGACCAAGAGCGAAACUGUUAUGCACCCGAACCUGUCCAGAUUUUGGUUUGGUGCAUCAGUUUUUUACCUAAACUUUUGAUAAAAAUAAAUAAAAACAUUUAUUUGCACUUAAAA